AUGGCAAAAUAUGAGGCAUAUAUUUACAGUAUCGAGGCGACCAUCGACUUAAGGAUCAAGCUUCUUGAGGUAUAUGGAGAUUUAGUUAUGGUAAUCAGUCAAGUAAAAGGUGAUUGGGAAACUCAGGAUAGAAAGUUUAUUCCUUAUAAAGAGCACAACAGAAAACCGAUACCCUACUUUGAAGAAAUCUCUUUUCAUCAUAUUCCUAGGGAAGAGAAUCAGUUAGCAGACGCUCUAGUUACGUUGGCAUCUAUGUUUAAAGUCAAGUGGAAGAAUGAAGCACUAGCUAUCCAUAUUGACCACUUGAAUGAACCAGCACAUUAUCUAGCAAUCGAGGCAGAUCCUGAUGAUAAGCCGUGGUUUCAUGACAUAAAGACAUUUAUGGAGAAACAACAAUAUCCCGAUGGUAUAUCUAUUACUAAUAAGAAAGCUUUGAGAAGCUUUAUUCCAAGUUUUCUUAAAUGGUGA